AUGCAGACCCUUUUUCUCUUGAGUACAAGUCUAUUAUUGGCUUGCCUGUCAGAUGCUUUUCUACAAAGAUCUCCAUUGUCAUCUGGCCUUUCCAUUUCCCACCAUGAAUCGACGAGGUCAUCAGCCUCUCUGCCACUCCACAUGUUUGAUUUUCUAAAACCGAAAGAGGAGGAGGAUAAGUCAGAUGAACCACCACCAGCAGCAGCAGCAGCAGAAGUGGAGGAGCCACAGGACUUUUCCGAUGACCCAGUCGAUAAAAUCUUUAGUUUCUUUUUUGGAGCAAAGGAAGAAUCUCCCAUGGGAAUGAAACGAUUUGGCCGAGAACGAUUCCCCGAACAAUAUCCAGCAGUCUUGGACGAAUGGGCUGCACCUGUGGAAGGGGAUGACAAGGAGAUGGCAGCAUUGAGACCCAUGUUGAAGAAUACGAAUUUGGAAUUUCGUAACUUGAAGCUCACAUACUCAGCCAACCGAGAUGGAUGGAACGCCAAAAAAUUCCAUGACAAAGUAGACAAGCUGGGAGGGGGCCUAGUGGUAUGCACCACCACUGAUGGUCUGAUUUGUGGUGGAUACAAUCCAAAGGGAUGGGUCGGAUAUGGGGAAGCGCGUGGCAGCAUUGCCGCUUUUUUGUUUGUCUUCAAGCGUGGCUUGACCGAGUUGCCCUCCAAAUUGCGAAAAGUGGGUGGUCCUUCGUUAGCACAGCAGGACCUGCCGGAAAUUGGGCCCAGCUUUGGUGCAGAUUCCUUGGUGAUUCCCUUUGAACAAAGUCGGCCCAAGAUAGCGAGGAGUAAGUUGGGAAGUUACUACGAACGCUUCCCGGAUGGAACCAACACAUUGUUUGGGAAACGUGGUGCAUCUGUCGAGUUAAAGGACUUGAAGGUAUACCAUGGAGUCUAUGCAGAAGGAGAGUACAUUCCAUUUACGGAUGCGGAACCAUUUGCCUUGUACUAG